AUGGUAUUUUACAAGGCCACUUUAGUAAGGUCUCUUAUCGGGAUGCCAAAGGUAACGAGGCAGAUAGUGAAGACACUGGGAUUCGGUAAAAGGGGUUCUGUCAUAUACAGAGAAGUUACACCAGCUAUUACUGGUUCUUUGCUGAAAGUAAAGGAAUUAGUGAAAGUUGAAGUUACUGAACAGGCGUUAAGCAAAAAAAUGCAAAGAGAAUUAAGAAAAUCAAAUCCAGGGUUCACAGUUGAGAAACGAGAACAUGUCUUAUGA